AAAUUAAUUCGGGUGAAGUGCGUCAAGUUCCAAUCCGUCGCGAUCCGUCGACCCUCUAUAAGGUUUACAUUUAAAAUGUGAUAUCUUGCCGCGAUAAGAACGGUUGAUUAAUAAAGAAGAAAAGGCAGACGAGAUCCUCAGCGUAGAAGCCUGGCACAGAUGCUGGGCGUGACGGGAGAUGUCUACCGCAAGCACGACGUCGAGCUUUCACGAGGAGGUCGUCAGCGAGGCAUCGCUGACGGGUUCCCGCACGCUGAAGAUUCUAUGUAUGGGACGCGUCUGUCUCGACAUCGUUCAAAUGUGUGUGCUAUUUCCCGAGGAGGAUUCCACACGAAGGUCUACUGAUUAUAGAUGGCAAAGGGGAGGCAAUGCGUCCAAUACUUGCACUGUGUUAUCAUUAAUAGGGCAACCGUGUGAGUUAUUGGCUUGCUUGAGCGCAGACGAGCAUAUUAAUUUUCUGCAAAAUGAUCUCCGCAAAUAUAAAAUUGAUUACUCUCAUUGCCCUGUGAUAAAAAACAUCGGGUGUCCUGUUGCAACGAUUAUACUGAAUUCAAGCACUGGAUCACGCACAAUUGUGUAUCACAAUCAAGGCUUACCCGAGUUGACACUAAAGAAUUUCCAGCAACUUAAUUUAGAGGAAUACAGCUGGAUUCAUUUCGAGGGAAGGCAUAUAGAUGAAGUGCUACUUAUUAUUCAAUAUAUAGAGAAUUAUAAUAAAUCAUUAAAUAACAUGCCUGAUCGCAUGCCAAUUACAAUUAGCGUAGAAUUAGAAAGUCCCAGAUCGGGUGCCAGAUUACUGGAUCUAUUACCGUACGUCGACGUAGCAUUUAUAGCAAAAGAAUUCGCCAAAAAUCUGGGUCUUAAUAAUAAGAGCGAGGUGAUGCGCAACAUCGGCCAAAACGCUAAAGGAGCCAUUAUUUGUGCUUGGGCAGAGGAAGGUGCAAUCGCUCGUACCCCGUGCGGCGCAAUAGUACAAUCGCCAGCUUUCCCACCUGAAAAAGUGAUUGAUACUUUAGGUGCCGGUGAUACAUUCAAUGCAGCUGCCAUGUACUAUUUGAACAAAAGCAAAGUUGAGUUUAUGCACAAAUGUAAAGAACAGGCAGCUUGUACAAAUAACACCACUCAAAUAAAGGAUGACAUUGUUGAUAAUGGCACUGCAGUAAAACGAGAUAUGACGGAAAAUUUAAAUCUAGAAAGUUUGAGAUAUCGUCGAUUGAAAUUUAUUACUGAAACAGUUCUGCAGAAGGCUAUCAAAUUUGCGUGCUGCAUUGCUGGUGCAAAAGUAGGUUUGAGAGGAUACGAUAAUCUUGAUAUAAUUUCCAGUGAUAUUUUAAAACUGGAUUCUUUAGAACAUUAGAAUAUAUCUAUAUAUCUAUAUGACUAUAUCUAUACAAAUUUAUUACUAUGAUAAGAACAAUGUACAUA